UUGGCGAGGGUUCGCGCAUGCUCACAGCGAGCCUGAGGUGUUUUAUCAAAAUAAUAAAUUCUCAAAAGGUGUUAGUGAUGUAAGGACGUGUCACGCCGCCGGAAAACCGGCGUGCGUUUAUCAUGACUACAUAGUAGCCCCUCGUUAUUAAAUAUACGAUUUAAAGUAGAAUUAUAUAACAAGUUGAUAGUUUGGUGUCAAUUGUUGUUGUGUAUAUCGAUUAUAAGUAGUAAAUAAAGUUUUUAGCUGAAUCUGUUAGCAGUAUAUCCAAUCAGCAUCAACCAUGCCGGACUGGACGUGGCUACUCCUGGCCGCGCUUUUCGGAGCGGUGUCGGCGCUGGCGGUGCCGCUGGCUUUCCUCUUCUACAUCUUCAGGCCCUUUGUGAAGGAUAACCGCCAGGAGGACAAGGUCUGCACGCCGAUUACACUGCCACCGGAAAUUCUGAAUGAGUUGAGCCGAGGAGCUGGUUGUACCCCAGAGGGCGCUCUGAACGCGAUGCUGCAGUUCAUCUUCCAGCAAAGCACGGCCGACACUCGUUGGCUGCGUCGGCGCAUGGCCACGGAACUGGCGGAGCUUCUGGCCAAGACUUCCUCAGGGAAGAUCUUUGAGUCCCUUACUCUCCGCUCCUUGGAAGUGGGUUCAGAGUUUCCCAUCAUCACGAACAUGCGUCUUCUAAGCGGGGAGUUGGAAGAUGAUGGAGCACGUCUGAGGUCGCUGGACCUUCGGUUCGACCUGGCCUAUGACGGCAACUUCAGGAUCGAUGUGGACGCUGUUAUGCUGCUGGGAAAAAUCGCAAACAUAUCUAUUACAGUGGAAAGCAUUAGCGGUACAGUGCGCAUUAUGUUCCGCCGAACGCCGUACACACAUUGGGCGCUCGCCUUCGAGUCGCCGCCCAAGCUAGAGCUACGAGUACGAGGCCGCUUCCAGGGACGCCAACUCAAGCCUCGGCUGGCUUCGUUAGUAGCAGCUCAUAUAAGGAGAGCCGUGGCGCAGAGGCACACGCUGCCUAACUACAAGAUACGCUACAAACCCUUCUUCCCCAAAUCCGAACCAGGCAGCACGGAAGGUGAAGACGGGCCGACUCCAAACGGCCGGUUGACAGUACGACUAGUUGAAGUCACGCGGCUACAAUGGCCGGGGCAAGUCGGCACUGUGCGGGCGGCCUUAGCUGUCGACUCUCAUGGAUGGGUAUCCUUACGGCGGGGUGUGUUAGUACUAGACAUAGUACUGCCAGCGGUCGCGGGGCCUCUCGGCUUGGUGUGCUGCCAAGGAGUGGGCGUGGUGCUAGUAGAUACAGUGGUACCCAUGUCGCCGGCCUACCGCGCUGAUCUGAGGAGGGAUGACGUAGUCCUGGCUAUAGACAACAAACCCAUCAACAAUGUUGCACAGGUAGGCAAACUCCUCCGCUGCGUUGAACGUCGCGCAGUUACGGUGCGCGUACGACGCGGUGGGACCAACGGUAAUGCUCGCCGAGACGACACCGCGCCGGAGCCGAGACGUGUCCGGCCCAACUUCACCUUCAGACGCGUGUCAGAAGUCAUGGAGGGGGUCAGACUUCAGGGCAUGAGGGCGGCCGCUUCUAGGAGUAAUUUACAGGAACCUGACCAAUCCCCAGCCAAAUCACCGGAACCGCCAAUUGAGACUGAACCACAAGCAAAACCCAAAACUGACCCAGCAAAACCGCCAAAAUCGACAGAGCAAACCCCCGGGAACUUCGGCCUACGCAAACGCCGAUGUUCCGUAGAAAAUAAGUCUUCCGACAGCUCUGCGGGAAGCACCCCUCCCGCCUCAGGCGCCAGCACCCCCCUCAGACAAGUGACAGCUGUCAACAAAACUGUCAAACACCCUGACAUACCCAUCAUUAGGACGGACUCAUCGGAAUGCAAGGUCACAGAGAAAGGAGACGUGUUGGACGACGAGGAACAAAUAUUUGAAACAGGCGGACCAAGGCAGUGCGAGCAUGUAGAGAUUUGUCAAAUGUUUUGGACCAAGAGUAUACCAUUGAAACCUAUCAUACCUUUCGAUGAGGAAACGGAGUUCAAACUAAAUGAGAAUCACAAGUAUUUGAAUAUAAAUGUGUGGGCCACGGUAACGGGGGAGAAAGACGAAAUUUUGUUAGGCUAUUUAAAUAUUCCACUUGCUGCUUUGCUGGCGGAGUGUCAAGACUCGACAGUGCCCCAUCAUAUGAAGAGAUACCAGUUUCUGCCUCCUGAUGUCGAUAUCAAAUUUAGCAAAAGCCACAAGCUGUCCUCCCACGCCGGCUUCGAGCCGUGCCUGUGCUUCGGCGACGCGCUAGUAUGGUGGGAGUGGGAGGGGGAGCUGCGGGGAGGGGGCGGGGCCCGCACGCGCGCCCCCCGCGACGCCCCCCCGGCGCCCCCUCAACCGACCCGCGCGGCCCAUGACUUUGUACGGACGCACUUCCACAGGUCAACGCAGUGCGACUUCUGCAAUAAGAAGAUAUGGCUGAAAGACGCGAUGCAAUGCAGAAACUGUGGUCUGUGCUGCCACAAAAAGUGCGUCGCCAAAUGCCAAGAGUCGUCGCCCUGUAUACCCAAACAGGACCGAGACAAAUCGACGAGCCUCAACUGCCCUCCUCCUGAGCUGAUCAUGACAGAAGCGGAUUCCAUUGCAGACCCUGACUCAGAUGAUGAACCAGAACGAAAAGAUUCCCUUGACGUACACGAGGAGGGUGGCGGGGCCAUGAGCGCGCUUGUGGCGGGGCUGCGACGCGCCGGCUCCGCGCACUCGCUGUCCGCGCCGAAGACUUGCUCCUCCUCGCGGUCGCUGCCACCUUCGCCGAGCCAUACGCCGAGGAAGCAGUCUCUCGAGCCGGUGGGCAACCCGUUCGCCGGGUGCGGGGCGACGUGGCUGGCGAGGGGCGGCGUGAGUGCCAUGCUGCAGCCGGCGCUGCGCAGCGCGCUGCCGCCCGACGCGCUGCUGGCGGCCGCGCGGGACUGCGCGCCUGAGCUCGCCGCCAAGCUCACGGCCAGCCAGAUACACGAGAUGCUGCAAGCGGUCCGCGAGGAGCUGUCAGCGGAUGACACGCACAGCGCCGAGGGCGAGGGCCGCGCGUGCGCGCUGACGGCGCUGAUGCUACACUGCUGUGCGGCGGCGCAGGUGGCGCAGCAGGCCGAGCCCGCGCCAACUUGAAC